CACCUGGGUGACGAUGGGCCAGUGGCUCUGUGUACACCCUCCACUCCAGCUGAGCCAGGGCAUGUCCACAGCCCCAGCUGGGCCAAGUGUGCGCCCCACGGGCUCCGGCCCCAAUGCCUCCUCCGGGCAGGCAGCCAGGAGCUCCCUCAAGGGCAGCCCCUUAGGGGAUGUUUUGGCUUUGGGGUGACUUCAGCAAUGUCCCUAAGAGAUCUGGGAGGGGAAGAAGAAUGUUUUGAGUACGACUGCCAGGAUGAAGAGACGAAGCCCACCCAUGAGCAGCCUGAAACCCUGGACCUCUUGGAGGAGGUUUUAUGUGCUGAAAGAGUUGGCCAGAUGACUAAGACAUAUAAUGACAUAGAUGCUGUAACUCGGCUUCUUGAGGAGAAAGAGCGGGAUUUAGAGUUGGCUGCUCGGAUCGGCCAGUCGUUGCUGAAGAAGAACAAGACCCUAACCGAGAGGAACGAGCUACUGGAGGAGCAGGUGGAACACAUUAGGGAGGAGGUGUCACAGCUCCGGCAUGAACUGUCCAUGAAGGAUGAGCUGCUUCAGUUCUACACCAGCGCUGCGGAGGAGAGCGAGCCGGAGUCCGUGUGCUCCACUCCGUUGAAGAGGAAUGAGUCGUCCUCCUCCGUCCAGAAUUACUUCCACCUGGAUUCUCUCCAGAAGAAGCUGAAGGACCUGGAAGAGGAGAAUGUUGUACUUCGAUCAGAGGCCUGCCAGCUGAAGACAGAGACCAUCACCUAUGAAGAGAAGGAGCAGCAGCUAGUCAACGACUGCGUGAAGGAACUGAGGGACGCCAAUGUGCAGAUUGCCAGUAUCUCAGAGGAACUGGCCAAGAAGACAGAAGAUGCUGCCCGCCAGCAGGAGGAGAUCACACACCUGCUCUCGCAAAUAGUCGAUUUGCAGAAGAAGGCAAAAGCGUGUGCAGUGGAAAAUGAAGAACUGGUCCAGCACUUGGGAGCCGCUAAGGAUGCCCAGCGGCAGCUCACGGCUGAGCUGCGUGAGCUGGAGGACAAGUAUGCCGAGUGCAUGGAGAUGCUCCACGAGGCACAGGAGGAGCUCAAGAACCUCCGGAACAAGACCAUGCCCAACACCACGUCCCGUCGCUACCACUCCCUGGGCCUAUUUCCCAUGGACUCCUUGGCGGCAGAGAUCGAGGGAACCAUGCGCAAGGAGCUGCAGCUGGAAGAGCCCGAGUCGCCAGAUAUCGCUCAUCAGAAGCGAGUCUUUGAAACUGUGAGAAACAUCAAUCAGGUCGUCAAGCAGAGGUCUCUUACCCCAUCCCCUAUGAACAUCCCCGGCUCCAACCAGUCCUCGGCCAUGAACUCCCUCCUGUCUAGCUGUGUCAGCACUCCCCGGUCCAGCUUCUACGGCAGCGAUGUCGGCAACGUCGUUCUGGACAACAAGACCAACAGCAUCAUCCUGGAAGCAGAGUCAGCUGACCUGGGAAACGGGGAGCGGAGUAAGAAGCCAGGCACGCCAGGAACGCCAGGGUCCCACGAUCUGGAGACGGCGCUGCGAAGGCUGUCCCUCCGCCGGGAGAACUACCUCUCGGAGAGGAGGUUCUUCGAGGAGGAGCAGGAGCGGAAGCUCAGGGAGCUGGCGGAGAAGGGCGAGCUGCUCAGCGGCUCCCUGACGCCCACCGAGAGCAUCAUGUCCCUCGGCACCCACUCGCGGUUCUCCGAGUUCACCGGCUUCUCUGGCAUGUCAUUCAGCAGCCGCUCCUACCUGCCCGAGAAGCUGCAGAUCGUCAAGCCGCUGGAAGGUUCUGCCACCCUUCACCACUGGCAGCAGCUGGCUCAGCCUCACCUUGGGGGCAUCCUGGACCCCCGGCCCGGUGUGGUCACCAAGGGCUUCCGGACUCUGGACGUUGACCUGGACGAAGUGUACUGCCUUAACGACUUUGAGGAAGACGACACAGGUGACCACAUUUCCCUCCCGGGCCUAGCUACCUCCACGCCAGUUCAGCACCCAGAGACCUCAGGUGAGAGGUCCCGAGCACGCGUGACUGUCUCAGGCAGCAGAAGUUACCCGAGCCGGCCUCAGGCUUCCCCAGAGGAGAUGCAGGAGCCGCCAGCGGCCGAGAAGGAGGAGGAGGAGGAGGGGUCUGGUGAGGGCACCGCGAUCAGUCCUGUAAACCUGGCGCCUCUCCCGGAGGCAGAGUUCCGGGCCAUUCUCACCUCUGUUCCGAGCACCAUCCGUAGUGCCUCUCUGUCUGUAGCUUCCGCUCGUCUGUGUGGGUGAUGAUGAAGCAUUCCCAUCGUGCGGGUCUGUUUUUUAAUAGAGUCAGAUGCCUCCUUUUGUAACAAGUAGGUCUGGCUCCCUGCCCAUCUUGGAGGUGCAUGGCCCAGCGGGCUCUCGAAGGGGAGCAGGAAAGGCUGCUAAAAAGACGUGGGUUAUUACCCCCUCACACACACACAUCGCCCCCAGAACAUCAGCUCCCCGUUCCUGGUCUGGGUCCCUCGCCAUGUCUAACAGGCAGCUUCUCGAGUCCCCUGGUGGCUUCCAAACUGAGCUGAGCCGACUUGGGCAGUUUUAUGAGUGCCGGAUUGUUCAGAAGGUGAAAGGCAGAAUCUGUUACCUACACAAUGCAUUAAAAUUGGAAGAAGCCCAGAAAGGGUUUGGGAUUUCAGACAACACAUCAUACAUCAGCCUGUUCCCUUUCCUAACUGCAGUGAAGGCGUAUGAGUUUUCGCUCCAGCUUAUUACAUGUGUUCAAAAUGGAUUUUUUAAAAGUGUUUUAGCAAUGUUCCUUAAUCCAACAAGCCCUCAGAGGAUGUCGGUCAGCUCUUUUAGAGAACUCUAGAUGAAUCUGGAAAGAGCCUUGACAGAUCUCUGUGCACCUACCUCUUCCCCAUAGUAAAUACAGGACCAUGAGUUUGCAGAAUUACUCACACAUCCUAGGCAUCUCUGAGAUGAAAAGCUUUGUGAUCAGGGCCCUGGGAUCACAGGGUCAUGUGGUUUUACUGUGUAUCCCAGACUUCCUGGACCUCCUGGUUGCUUGGGCUGAGGGGAGAGACCCAGAAAAAGAUGAAUUAACUCAGUGUCAUCAUCUUCAUGACAUUCUCAAGUCACCUGGUUUGAGGAGAGGACGUUUGUCUUUGUGGCUGGUAAUUUUCAUUCAUGAAAAGCCCAACACUCCCCACAAAGUACAGGGCAGGGGAGAGCUGAGGUUCACGGUGGUAUCUCCCCUCCCCUGGCUAAGUUCACACACCUGUGGCCAAGGGACUUUUUGCUUCGAGUGAACUUUAGAGGUAUCAUCAUGUAAAAAGAAUUGUUUAGCUCCUAGGUUUAUUUAUGGUUUAUUUUUAUUUUUUAGCUAUUAAGUUACCAGGUUAAGCUUGCAAGGGAAUGAAAAUCCUUAUUCUUUAGGAUCUUCUCACUUAAGAAAAGGAAACCAGCUUUAGCAUUGUUACCUGUCUUUGUCAUCAGCACUGGUGUGCUUCCAGAAGACACCAUGUCUGCUGAUGUUAUAGCCAAAGGGGCAGGCAUUGUAUUGCAGGCUUCGCUGCAGCCCUACAGGUGGAAUAGAAGGUGAAUCCUGUAAAUUUAAAGAAGCACCAUUAGGUUCUUCUCUGAGAAGUUGAAGAGAAGGAAUAAACCUUAUCAGGUCAGCUAAGACCAUCUCUCUGAGGACAGAGGGAGUGAGGGUACCAGAUACAAGGAGCUAAGUCCCAAUCACUUUCCUUACAACACAAAAAGGCGUUAUCCGUCACUUCUCUCUUUACUCAAACCUGUAGCAAGUCCAUUCCAGCAACUUUGAGGAGAGGCACACAAACGUACUGUGGAGGGGUCAUGCUGGAACUGCAUGACCAAAAAGAAUGGAUAUAGGAAGUUCCCAUUGUGGCUUAGCAGUAAUAAGCCUGACUAGUAUCCAUGAGGAUUCGGGUUCAAUGCCUGGCCUCACUCAGUGGGUUAAGGAUCUGGUGUUGCCAUAAGCCGUGGUGUAGGUCACAAACACGGCUCAGAUCCCAAGUUGCUGUGGCUGUGGCUGGCAGCUGUAGCUCUGAUUCAGUCCCUAGCCAGGGCUCUUCUAAAUGCUGCGGGUGCAGCCCUGAAAAGCAAAAUAAAAUAAAAAAUAAAAGAAAGGAAGGAAGAAAAAAAGAAUGUUAGGGAUUGCUCAAGGUAAUUUAGGGAAGGUCUGAUCAACUAGACCUGGAUUCUUUUAAGCUUGUUUUCUGGGUAGAACUUAUUAAAAGUUCAACACAGGAGGGAAAGGCACGAGCAGUGACUUGGCUCUGUUUUCCCUCUAUGUGGAAUGACAGGGCCGUUUUGAGUCUUGGAAUGUGAGAAGCACAUCACUCUACAUAAAACAUCUCAGAGGCCCCGAGUGGCACUAUGCACACAAUCUUGGAGUCACAGGAAGACAGAGAGGCUUCAGUGGGAAGGCCUGGGGCAUCCUCUGUCUUGGGAUGGCCUGAUCCCUGCCUUGGUCUGUUCUUUCCUGGUGCCAAACAGCACAAUUCCAGGAGCUGCCAUGUGCCUGGGAAAAAGUAGUUGGGAGAAACUCUGAAAACAGAAGGUGAUUAACCUUUUUAAAAAAAAAAAAAAAACUGGUCUUAUGAAAAGAAAUUGGGAAAAUUUUGUAUAUUAGGCACUUUGUCUAGAGCCUGAUCUCUCAUGGACAAAAAAUUUUGAGUACUGAAAAAAUUUAUUAGUAUAUUUAAUGUAUUAUUGUUAUCAUCAUUUGAUUUUUAUAAUCCCAUGUCUUUAAGAAGGAUGAAUCCUUGUUGUUCUAUUUGUAAAUAAUUUAGAUGAUUAAAAUGGAUUAUUUAAAACAAUUUUUAGAUUAUAGUUUUACUUUAUUUCAGUGACUAUUAUGUUUUAAUUCAUAUAGAAAGUACACUUUUAUCAGAAAUAGAUAUAAUCUCAUACUACCAGUGUUCUGAAUAUUAGGUAUUUCAUGUGUAGAGAAGAGCCUGCAUGUGGUGAAGGAUUAAGAUCAGCGUUUUUUUAAAGUCACACAGUUAUGCUGGUAGAUGGUUGACUGGAUGGACAGUCCAGUUGAAUUAUCUCAGUUAUUAUUGCCUUAAUUCUUUUUUUUUUUUUUUGAGUUUAAAAGGCCAGCCAAAAAGAGGUUUUUUUUUAAAUUAUUCAACGAAUUUUAUUACAUUUAUAGUUGUACCUUAAUUCUUAAAGGGCAGGCAGAGGCAGGAUUAAAGCAACAUAGAAAAAAGCAAAAGUCAGUUUAAUACUCAUGCAUGUGGAGACCAUUUCCAGUAAGAAAAAUCUCCUAAAAUAGUCUACAAAUCAUGGCAGCCUUUCUGACAGUGGUCCUGCAGGGAAGCUGUGUCAUAUUUAGGGCUAAGAUCCUAAAGUAAGUGUUGAAGGCAAAAAUCACAUUUGGUCAGCAGUGCCCUUGAAAAUCUCUGAUGCUGCAGCACAUGGGUCCCCAGAAGCAAAAGCCAACAGCUAGCUUCUUUUGUAGCUUUCUUUGAUACAUGGGUCUAGCUAGGUUCUGUUCAGGAGCAGUUACUUGAAGGGAAGGGAGCAUCUGGUGGAUGAAAGGAGGCAGAGGAAAAGCUCAGGAGCUGAGGAUUACUCCAGCUUCUUUCAGGAUGGGUGUAAGCACAGCCCCUUACCCCCCUCUCCCCCCACCUCCCACCACGGGCAUCCUGCUACCCUGCCAGCCCCGCUGCAGAAGCAGGACUCAGGUGAGCUUGUGAGGAAACAUUGGCUGUGGAACCUGACGGAUCUGGAAGGAAAAAUCUGGCACCUUCUAUUCAGAGACCGUCGGGUCUGAGAAGGUUUCCUUCUGGUCCCCACAAAGAGAGUUGACAACGAGUUCCCACUCUGUGAGACUUUUCAAGCCAGCCCCGGUGUGCAGCGGUUACAGGAGUUGGCUCACUAUGGACAGAGCAGGGGUCUGCUCCUACUCCCCUGUAUUAGGAGGUGGUGAGGAAUCCCUGUGCUCUUCCAUCAAAAUAUAUAUUAAACCGGAACAGGCCAACUGCAGCCCAAAGUGGAAAAAUAAAUGAAGAACCAGAUAACGGACUUCUUCAAGACAGCUUGGAGUCAACCCUGCUUAAAAUUUCCAGAACAAGCCCACUUGCUGGAAGCACUUUCUCUAUGGAACCUCACCUCUGAAAACCACAGGAGAGCCCUCUCACACUCCGAGGGGCACGACAUGGACUGUUGAGUGGGCGCCUGCACUCCGCCCAUUUUCCACCCCCUCUUCAGGCUCCGAGGGCCCCUGAGGAAGUACGCGGGUGGGUGUAGAGGCUCAGAUACGGUUUCCGGUUGCGCCGCCUAGUGGCUCAUAGGAGCAGUGCACUUUUGAGCUGGCUCCUGGAUCACACUGGAUGAUGGUCUUGAUGCAGCUUAGCCAGGCCCCUUCCUGGUGUCACCACAGAAAGACUGAGAGAAAGGCAGAGAGCAUGUGGUCCAGCUUUGUUGGCAUCUGAAGGCUCCAGAGAGAUUUGUUUUGCAUUUUUCCUUUUUGACAUUUUAACAGCCUUCUGAAAAAUCCCUUUAUCUCCUGCAGCCACUUGAGGGAAUUUCUUGUCCUCUCUGUGCAAAACUAUGAGAUUGUCCCUCUGGUAACUCGUAUACUUUUUAGAUGAAACGGACUAGACAGCUUAGUAUAGUAGGAUGAGUAGACUUUUCAUUUUUAAAAUUUUUGCAGAAACCAAAAAUAAGUUGUGCAGAAACCAGAAAAAAGAUCUUGUGAUGUGGUUCACAUUCUCUGUAACAGAAACCUCCCAAAGGCCUAUGGGCUGGAUGUCUGCAAAGGGGAUUCAGAGGUCCUUAGAGCUGCAGGAGCAGACAAGGACUGUGUUGAAGAAAUACUUAAGAAGCAGAGAAAAAUAGUUGCAGGUCCAUGUCAGUCCUGGAACUAAAGGCUUUAAAGAUGUCCUUAUAACACUGUGUAGUUUAAAAAUCACUUUCAUCUUAUUGUUUUAAAAAGAAAAGCUGUACUACUGUAUCUGAAAUAGCGCUUGGUUCCCCACCCCCCAAAGAAGAACUCUUGUUGAAAUGACUUUGAUCAUGAGCUUUUCCCACAUGAACUCAUCAUAGAACUUUUUUUUUGAGAGAAGUUCAUGCACAGAAGUGAUAGAAAAAGUCUUUAGAGCAUUUUCUAUGCCCCGAGAGUUUAGUUUUUUAGGAAGAAUUCUAAAUCAUUGUUUUUUGCUUUUAUGAAUGGGCAUAUAGUUGACAGGUAAAGAUACACCCCCCUCCCCAGUGGGGUGUGUGUGUGUGUGUGUGUGUGUUGGUGAAUGAGUUUAUAGAAAUGGCAGAGUAGAUCCAAGUUGUGUGACAGCAGCUUCGCAUGACAUGUUCAAGUGGCAUUUUGUUUUAUUUUACUCAAGGUGACCACUUCCCAUGAUGUAUGAGAAAAAAUAUGGAGGGCUCUCAGUGUGUCGUAAAGACAGACCCUUUUUCCAAGAUUUUGGGUCAUCUUUGUAAUUUUAAAAAAAUAUUUUAGUAAAUUACUUCUGUGAGCAAAAACAUAGCUUGGAUGUCCAGCAUUCCUCUGUCCUCUUUGAUUCCCGGGGAAGCAGCCUGGGUGGGGAGAGGGUGUCACAGUACCUGCUAGAGCUCGGUGGCCCAGCUGCACCCUGACAGCUGUGCAGGCUCAGGGGAGGGUCCUUUUAAGGACUGUGUGCUACAGUGGCCUUUAGAGAGAAACGUUUCUGGUCUCCCCAGCUCACUCCUGCUUGGCCUUCCCCAUGGAUAGGGGAAGGGAGGCACUCUUCAGAUUGAGUGACAUGCGUGAGUAGUGUAUGCGGAUCUAUCUCAUCACGUGGACAGACAGGCUGCAAAGCUCAGUCAUCCUGCAGGUCCCCAUCAGUGUGUCUGGCCUUGACCGUGUUCCUUUCCUCUUCUCACCUUUGGAGCCUUGGGGUGCGGGGAGAGCAGUGGAUUUUCCUGCCCAUCUUCCCUGGAGCUUUCCGCUAAGCUGCAGUUAUCCUACGGAGCACACAUGCAGAUAAUCCGCAGCGCCAUCUUCAGGGGCAUCCAGGGAGGAAGCCCCUGCUCACUGGAGACUGGCAGCCGGCCCAGGAGUCCCCCACGACUGGCUGCAGAGCCAGAUCCCAAGCACCCAAUUUUCCAGUUGGAAUCAGGUACCACACACCCCCAGGGGAGCACAGCCAGUUAGAACCAUUUACCAAGUGCACCUGGGUCAGUCACGGAGAAAGUGAGCAGAGUGACUCUCCCCCAUACAAAGCCCUCUGAGGCCCCCACCUUGGCUGAAGGAUGUGUGCUUACACUUGGCUCAUUUUCAGGACAAAAAAAUCUACGAGAUAGCAUACUGUAUGUAGUUCACCAAUGUAGCAGAUCUUGAAUAAUCCAGAAGUAAUUAAAUUUAAGUAUUCUCUUUGAUAGAUUAGGAUUGUGGAACAGUAAGAACCUGAGGGAGAAGCAAAUAAAAAUAAUAAAGGAUCAGGGAUUGGGGGAGUACAAGUUCAUUCCUAAAUAAAAUACUUGACGAACACGCUUGUCAGUGUUAAAUACACACUGCUGUCCUUCGGUCAGACUGAGAAAAAGAA